AUGCAGCGACAAAUUCAACAGUGUGCAAAUGAGCACCAACCGACGCAAGCACAGCUGAUGAGUCUUCGGAACCAACUUCAGCAGUGCGAAGAAUUGUUUUCAACUUUGACGACUGGGGGAACGAACGACGUUCUUCCGGUAGGUGCCCAGCCGGGUUCUGAGCGGCGACAGCUCGCACUACCGGCAGCAAGUAGCAACAUGGCAGCCAAGCAGACAGGUCAACAUGCUUUGACGUCACUCACCGGGACAGUGCCGAAAAGGAAAUCGGUAACCAUCGAAGCUCCUGAGUUAGAGGGAAGUAUUGGACCACUUGGUAAGUGUCAAGCCUUUGAUUAUGCUACAAAUAUUAAAAGCCCCACAACAUAUGAAUCAGCCUUGGUAAUUGGGCAGCAGCGAAACCAUGUCGCGCCCCCAGAACCCCACAUUUUAGAGCAGCAGCGCAAUAUGGUCGCGCGCUCCACCCAUACAAAUAUGACCAAUUUUGAACCCCACUAUCAAUCUACAUUUUUUAACGCGGAGACUGCACAUCGGCAACAUUUUUUCGAAAAUUCUAGUCCAUUGACAGAGAUGGUUCAGCAGUCCGUGUCUAGUUUUGCAGAUGUUCCCUCAAAAAUAGCGUAUCAGCCUUCCGCACGAACAAUUGCACAACCUUUGCCCUCACAACCGAGAGUGUCGCAGCAAUUUAUGCAUGAACAGCUAACGCAUCCGCUGCCCAAUUUGGUGCCUCAUGCUAAGCAACAUAAUUUUGUACCAACUAUGCCACCUUUGACGUCUUUGCCCAUUACGACGUGUCAGCCAACACAAAUCCACCAAACCUCCCAGUCAAAUGAACACGUUUUGCCCCAGUCAAUCCCGCGAAGUGAUGGAACCAGAGUUCAGUGUAUUCCAAGGAACGAUUUCGGUGCGCCGACGAGCUUGACGCCCCAGCAGUUAGCAGCCAGGCAGUCGUUUUCACGGGAUUUGCCUUACUUUUCCGGUGAUCCAGCGGAGUGGCCGAUAUUCAUCGCAAACUACGAAUACACAACGGCGGUGUGCGGUUUCUCAAAUGGCGAAAACAUGCUGCGUUUACAACGGUGCUUGAAGGGACAAGCUUUGGAGGUGGUGAGGAGUAGUUUAGUUCUUCCGGCCACAAUACCUCAUGUGAUCGAAACGUUGCGGUUGCGGUAUGGGAGGCCAGACCUGUUGAUCAACAACCUGUUGCAGAAGGUGCGAGCGAUUCCGGUACAUCGAGUCGACAAGCUGGAAGGAUUGAUGGAGUUCGGAACAGCCGUGCAAGCGCUGUGUCACCACAUCGAGGCAGCCAAUGAGUAUGACCAGUUAUGCAAUCCUCAACUGCUUCAAGAGUUGAUUGCCAAAUUACCGGAUGAUCAGAAACUGCAGUGGGCUACCUAUUGUCGUAACCUGUCGGUGGUGAACUUGAAGAUCUUCGGAGAUUACAUGGCCGGGAUUGUCCGGGAUGCAGCGAGUGUUAUUCCAUUCAAACCUGAGCAGCAUAAGACAGCCAACCGUGAGAAGCCCAGCAAGUCUAGAGGGUUUGUGAACUCUCACAAUUCAUCGCCCGAGCAGCAUGAUCCAGGGAAGAACAAGGUGGAAGCGCAGGCGGAGAAGCAGAAGAACUCCGAAGUCUUGGAAUGUGUUUGCUGUGGGAAGAACGGUCAUCGUGUUAGGGAUUGUUACAAGUUCAAGGCCCUUUCGGUAUCCGAGCGUUGGAAACUCAUUCGUGAACGGCAUCUUUGUUUUUCGUGCUUGUGCAGCCACGGUAGGCGCCCUUGCAGAAGCGGCAUCAAGUGUGACAUCGUUGGCUGUAAAUAUCGACAUAAUCCGUUACUACAUUCUUCGCCGGAAAAAAGCUCAACAGAGACUGCUGAGAACCACACUCACCGCUUCCAAGAUUCAGGAACACUAUUCCGUAUUGUGCCUGUUACGGUAUACGGAAAGUCUGGGACGGUAGAUACUUUUGCGUUCCUAGAUGAGGGAUCGGAUUUGACGCUCGUAGAGGACGGACUUGCGAAACAGCUGGGAUUGGGUGGAAGUCUUCAACCUCUCUGCUUACGCUGGACAGGGAAUGCGUCGCGAGUGGAGCACGAUUCACGCAUCGUCAGCUUCGAGAUUUCGGGUCCCGAUAAAGAGAAGCGGUACAUCUUAUCGAACGCUCGGACAGUGGGAUGCCUGAACUUAACGAAGCAGAGUUUCCAGGCGGAGGCGGCAGCGUUGAAGUACAAAUACCUCCGUGGAGUUCCGUUGGCCAGCUACAGUAACGCCGAGCCGCAGAUUCUUAUCGGGAUUGACAAUCUUCGUCUGGCGGUACCUCUGAAAACAAGAGAAGGUGAUGGAUCCGGACCUAUUGCGACAAAAACACGGCUUGGAUGGUGCGUCUAUGGUCGGCGUAGCGGAAGCAGCAGUACAUCCUUCAACUUUCACAGCUGCAAGUGUGAAGCAGAUGAAUCGCUCAGCAUCCUGGUGAAACAGAUGUUUAUUAUCGACGAUGUUGGAGCAGCGAUAUCGAAGCCGCAGACAGAGGAGGAUAAUCGAGCGCUAGCGAUUCUGAAGAAGACCACGAAACGUGUUGGCGAUCGCUUCGAGACAGGACUACUAUGGGCACAAGACGACGUUGUCCUCCCGGAUAGCUAUGGCAUGGCCAAGCGGCGCUUGGAAUGCCUAGAAAGAAGAAUGUAUCGUGACGAAAGGCUGAAAGAAAAUCUCCAUAAGCAAGUUCUUGAAUAUGUCGCCAAAGGAUAUGCGCACAAGGCAACUCCGAAAGAGCUACAGACUGCAGAUAGGAACCGAAUAUGGUACCUGCCGCUAGGAGCGGUGAUAAACCCUAAGAAGCCGGAGAAGGUACGAGUCAUUUGGGAUGCGGCGGCCAAAGUCGAUGGCGUUUCACUCAACAGCCAAUUGUUGAAGGGACCAGAUCAGCUGUCGUCGUUACUAGGAGUGCUUUUCCAGUUUCGAUUGUACCGAAUAGCCGUUAGCAGUGACAUCAAGGAGAUGUUCCACCAGAUCCAGAUAAGGCCAGCGGAUAAGAACUCUCAACGGUUUCUGUGGCGCUCGGAUCCCAGUCAAAAACCGGACAUCUACCUUAUGGACGUGGCAACGUUCGGGGCCACAUGCUCGCCCGCCUCGGCACAAUACGUGCAAAAACUGAACGCGAAACAGCACGAGAAGCAGUUUCCCAAGGCGGCAAGAUCAAUUAGCACUCGAACUUACGUCGAUGACUACUUCGAGAGCUUCGGAGAUGAAGAAGUGGCCAAGAGCGUAGCUGCAGACCUUCGAACAGUACAGCGCAACGGUGGUUUUAUUCUGCAUAAUUGGAGAUCGAACAGUACUGCAGUUCUUGAACAUCUCGGCGUAGCAGAAAAUAACGAAGACAAAACCCUGAACUGGAUAACCGAGGAAAAAGUUGCAAGAGUGUUGGGCAUGCUGUGGAGACCGUCAACAGACGAACUCGGAUUCUCGACCCAAAUGAGCGUCGAAGUGAGGGAACUUCUUCGAACUGAAUCCAGGCCAACCAAGAGGCAGAUUUUGAGGUGCGUCAUGACUCUCUUUGACCCGCUGGGCCUGCUGGCACGGUAA